AUGUAUCUGAGUUACUUUCUAGUAAAGAGUAAAAUCCCUAGAGCAAAAGUUGUACAUGCGAUCACAGGGUUUCCUGAGAAACUGAAAGGGGAGAACUUUAAAAAUAUGAUUUUCAGCCUGUCCUUGAUUCUUCCAAAUUUUCCACGCAUACACGCGCACACGCACACACACACACACAAAAUGAAACUCCCAGCACUAUACACAACCCUCCUCCUAACAACCACCCUCGUCACCGCAAAGGAAAAAAUCAGCCUCCAAUGGGCCCUCUGCGACCCCAACCCACAGUCAGCCCUCCAGAAACUGGGCCUCGACACGAACACCCCUCCCUACAAAACCAACCCUAUAACCUACUACGACACCCACCCGCCGACCUACAUCUCCGACAGCCUGAUGUUCCGCACAAAAACAAACAAGGGCGAGCACCUCUCCACCGUGAAAGCAGGCUUCCACGAUGAAAAAGAAACACUCGACGUACCCGAUUUCGUCGAAUGUGCUUGGGUGCGCUACGGCGAUCAGCGCAGUUAUACCUGUGAAAAACGCUGUCCGUUAGUGGAUGAGUCGACUAUCUGGUGCGACGAGCAGGUGCUGUUUGCGGGGCGGUAUGAGGAUGUUGAUUGGGAGGGGAUGAUUGGGUACGGGCCGUAUCAGAAUGCGAAGUGGAAGGUGGGGAUUGAGGGGUAUAAGGCCAAGUUUGAUGAUGUUGUGGCUGGGUCGCUGCAUCUUAUGGAGAUUGAGGCCAAGGUGCCGAUUGCUAAAGGCGAGGAAGCAUAUGACGUCAUUACGCAGUCUCUGAGGGACCAGGGGGUUGCGCUGUGCGAUAAGCAGGAGGGGAAAACUAAGAGGCUGUUUCGGGCUAUGGGUUAUGUUGGCGACGAAAGAAUUGAACUAUAA